AUGGAGCAGCUGUUGGCGAAAGCAGGGUGGACAGGCGGGGGGCUGGGAGCGCAGGAGCAGGGGAUCACAACGCCUGUGCCAGCCUGGCACCAGAAGGGCCGCCGCGGCAUCGGAGCUGCGAGCGGACAGCCGCCCAAGCUGGCCAGCAGCACACCCGCAGCCUCUGCUGAGGCCCAACCAGGAGGGCAGCAGCAGGCUCGGUCGGAGGGCGGGAGGCAAGUAGCCUCCACGCAGAGGCUGGGGGUGGGUGACAUACAGACAGGCGCGCAGCUAACCAAGCCGGGGCAGGCGAGCGGGCCAGGGCCGGCCAGAGCGCCAAAGCGUGCAUGGGAGACGGUUGCGGUUCUGGAAGACCCGGAUGUGAAAGUGAAGCGCGUGCGGCAGGUCAUGCAGGCAGAGGCAGACGAUGCGGCCGAGAAGGCACUCGCGCGAGCGUUGUACCGGGCCUUCAAUGACUCUUCGGGCUACGGGUCCACCGACUCGAACCCCCUGCUGCGGAGGAGCAAGCUCUCGGACAGCAACCCUUUGCUGUGA